AAGGACAAGCCAAGAGAGAAGCUCUGGCAAAGAAGUAGACGCCUGAUCAAUAGUAGAAAAUGGGAAUGCCCGGAAAGAAAUGGUUCCGUGUUGGCCGAAGACAACUCUUCCGAUCAGCUCCCCGCGAAACACUAAUCGUUCUUCACAACAACAAUACAAGCCGCAGUUGCUUUAGUGAAGCAACAACAACAAGACUCAGCGAGGAUAUCAGAAUUUCUGUGUCUAAAGAAGAACUCGCAGCAAUUCAGAUCCAAGCCUGCUUCAGGGGGCAUCUUGCAAGACGGGCAUUUCGAGCACUUAGAAGCCUUGUGAAGCUGCAAGCGGUUGUUCGUGGGGUGUGUGCGAGAAGACAGGCUCGAAUUGCUUUGCACUGCAUGCAUGCGCUUGCAAGGUUGCAGGUCACUAUUCGAGCUCGACAGCUCCUUUUGCAAUGAUCGGUAGAUGCGGAUGAUCGACUUCGGAAGCCACAAAACAUCAACAAUCCCAUCAAUCAUAAGGGGUUCCUGUGUUUAUGAUUCAACAUCAGUCUUCGGUUUCAAGGGUUCUUUUGUUUAUGAUUCUGCUUCACUCUUCAUGGUCAUUUUCUAUUUGGUUUCGCGAGUGACUUUACCAUUCGCAUUGAAUAAUGCACUAAUUUUCAGAACUCGACA